AUGACUAUCAGACACGAUACUGCCACGCCGGCCGUGUCUCAGGCUGCGGCGUAUGAGCCAGAGCCCAAGCUGUACACCAUCGAUGAGCUAGUUAAGCGCCGCGCCUCUGAGCUCGGCGAUGCACCGCUUCUCGGCUAUCCAGCUGCAGGCGUGGAUGACUUCGUGGAACACAGCGCUCGCGCCGUAGACAAAUACGUCGAUGCCGCGGUUGUGGAGCUUCGAAAGCUGGGAUUGAACCCUGUCGAUGCCCAUGUCCAGAGCCCGCCCGUGAUUGGGAUGCUGGCCCAGUCUGGUCUUCACAUCGCCGUCCAGAUCAUCGCAUUGAACCGAUUGGGAUACGUGUCUUUCCUGAUUUCCACUCGUCUGCCAAGUCCAGCAAUCAAGCAGCUUCUUGAUCUCGCUGACUGCAGCACCAUCCUCACGACGCCCAAUUUCCACCCUGUCCUGACCGAGGUUCAGCAGCAGCGGCCGUUGGAGUUUCUUCCCCUGUUGAUGCACUCCGACUACUAUGGCAAGGAUGCACCAAGAUUCGUCCGCCCCUACAACCCAGAAAAAGAGGCUGGGAAGAUUGCCGUUAUUCUGCACUCGUCUGGGUCGACUGGCCUCCCAAAGCCCAUCUACCUCACCAACAAAAGUUGCAUCGCGGCGGCUUCUACAAAUCUGGACAUGCGUGCGCUGCUAAUGUCACCAAUGUUCCACAGCCACGGGUUUUACGAGAUUUUCCGGUCCAUCUACUCUGGAAAGCCCCUGUACUUCUGCAACUAUUCCCUGCCAAUCACAAGAGAAUCACUCUUGCGUAUGCUUGACGCUGUUAAGCCCGAGCUAUUCCACUGCGUCCCGUACGUGGUCAAGCUUCUUGCCGAAGCUGACGAAGGUGUUCGUGCUCUUGCUAAACUCAAGCUUGUCUUGUUUGCAGGAAGCGGCUGUCCUGAUGACCUCGGAGAUUUGCUUGUGCAAAAUGGUGUAAAGCUCGCUGGAAAUUAUGGAACCACCGAAAUUGGCCGGGUCAUGAAUUCGGCGCGCCCAGAUGGUGACACGGCAUGGAACUAUUUACGUCCUCUACCUCAAGUGGAAGAGCAUUUCAUCAUGGACGAAGUCGCACCGGGCUUGUAUGAGUGUGUUGCUCUUCAAGGCCUGCCAUCAAGGAGCACGACGAACUCAGAUGACCCUCCCGGCUCGUUUCGCACAAGGGAUCUUUUUGUGCCUCACCCCACGCGACCCAAGCUAUGGAAAUUCGCAUGCCGCCUCGACGACAGAUUCACACUCAUCAACGGCGAGAAGGUCCUGCCACUUCCCAUCGAGGGUCGGAUUCGACAGGAAGAGAUAGUCAAGGAGGCCACUGUGUUUGGUGACGGACGCACGUAUCCUGGAAUGCUGAUCAUCAAGGCAGAUCGCGCGGCUCACAUAUCCGACGAGGAGUACCUCGAAAAGAUCUGGCCUUCUGUGGAGGAUGCCAACCGGCGAGCAGAGACCUUCUCCCGGAUCCCAAAGGAACUGAUCGUGAUCCUGCCGGCUGACACGAUAUACCCGCGAACCGACAAGGGAACGUUUAUUCGAGUUCCGAUGUAUCAAACUUUUGCGAAGGAGAUCGAGACUGCAUACAACACCUUUGAGGGUCAGAGCAACCAAGGAGGAACCGUAUCCUUGGAGGGUGAUGAACUGGAGGCGUACUUGAUUCGCCAACUGAAAGAAAAAUGCGACAUUGAGCUUCCGUCGCCCGAGAUGGACUUUUUUUCCGCAGGAGUCGACAGUCUGCAGUGCAUCAAGAUGUGGAGCUUGAUGAAGAGAGAGCUUGAUCUCGGUGGUCGACAGUCGCAGCUGGGACAAAAUGUUCUUUACGAGACCGGAAAUGUCAAGCUACUGGCCCGGUACUUGGAAGGACUCAAGUCUGGCAAAAAAGAUGUGGUGCAAGACGAAUUGCAGACUAUGGAGAGCUUGAUAACCAAGUACUCAUCCUUCCAGCCUCAUGUAGCGGGAGAUGCUGCGCAACCUGAGAAGGACCUUGUGCUUCUGACCGGUGUCACCGGUGCUCUAGGCGCCCAUAUCCUUUCCCAACUCACUGCAAAACCUAGCAUUGGCGCAGUGUGGGCCAUGGUGCGAGCAUCUGACGAUUUGGCGGCGUCGGAAAGGUUGUACAGUUCGCUCGAGGCUCGUGGAAUGACCUUGACACCGGAGCAAAAAGCCAAGGUUGUACCUCUCUCGUGUAAUCUGGGCGAAACAGAUCUCGGUCUCGACGCGUCCAGGAUAAGUGAACUCCAGUCCAAGUUGACCGUCGCCAUCCACAGCGCCUGGGCUGUCAAUUUCAACCUUCCCGUUCAAAGUUUCGAGGAUCAGCACAUCAAGGCCGUCCAUAACCUGAUCCAGCUCACUCUUUCCGUGCAAACACCCAAACCGGCGCGAUUCUUCUUCUGCUCAUCCGUCUCGUCCGCCGCAGGAUCGCCUCGCCCCGGCACAGUGCUUGAGGCGUACGUCCCUUCACCUUCUUACGCACAGAAGACGGGCUAUGCGCGUUCCAAGUAUGUGGCCGAGCAUAUCACGCGUAAUUCCAUGAAGGAUUCCGGCGCGGCAGCGAGAGUCUUUCGAAUUGGGCAAUUGGCCGGCGAUACCAAGAUGGGAGCGUGGAAUACGACGGAGGGAAUACCGUUGAUGAUCCAAACAGCGGUCACUUUGGGUGCUCUACCAGCUUUGAAUGAGGAAAUGAGUUGGCUUCCAGUUGACCUUGCUGCCAGUGCCAUCCUCGACCUAGCCAACAUUGGAGUCGAGACACCAAGUGAUCGAUACUCAGAUCCCGAUUUGAUGUACCACGUACUAAAUCCAACACGCUUUCACUGGGCGCGAGAAAUGCUCGUGGCAUUGGCCAGCUCGGGCCUGAAGUUCGAAACUCUCCCGACGAGCGAGUGGAUGGAGAGGUUGAGGCAGUCCGACCGCGACCCGCUCAAAAACCCCCCGAUCAAGUUGCUGGAUUGGUUCGAGGGAAAGUACGGAACCAAGGCGGCCUCGUCUGCUGAGAAGGGGGUGCUGGAGUAUUUGACUGACAGAACGAAGGAGGAUAGCGCCACUUUGAGGAGUGUCCCGGAUGUGACGGAUGUGGCAUAUGUGAAGAAGGUGGUUGGGCAAUUAAAGAAGAGCUGGACGGCUUGA